AUGUCCACAGAACCAUUGUUACCAACACAUAACGGAUCGACGAUAGGAGAAGCGGGGUCCGCGGAUCAGAAGUUCAUUGUGAUACGGUUUUCUGACGUAUCGGUAAGGGAUCUUCAGUUGAACAUAUCAAAUGUGUCGUUUAUGAACAUAAACACUCACUGGCUACGUCGGAUGUGUAGAGAGUUGAGGCCCCAACAGACGCAGAAAAGAAGGCUGAAGUUUAUAAGGAACGGUAGCAUCCUAAAUACGCAUUCCAAGAUCGCUGAGGAACUGACACAUUAUUUCGGAACUGCUGGCAGCAACUCUAACGCUGCUACAGGUACCAGCAUGGCACCAGAGCAGAACAAGUACUAUAUCCAUUGUAUAAUUGGUACAGAGGAGCUCCCGGAAGCAGAGUUAGCUAACGAAGAUCUGAAGGAUGAUGCAACCCCGUCCAAUGACUCGAUGACUACGCAGGCCAUUGGUUUUGAUAGGCUACGAUCCGUGGGGUUUACUGAACAAGAAAUUGAACUGCUAAGACAACAGUUUCGGGCCACGUAUGGAGAUUUGGAAGAGGAGGAAGAGAGACUCGCUCAGGAUGGUAACAGGGAUGAUGAAGGCCACGAUAUCAGACAAUUGGAGGAACAGUGGAUGGAAAGUGGAAGCGGCACCGCUCAGGGGAAUGGCGCUGGAAAUGGCAACGAAGACAGGUUCAACUCCGUGCCGAUCGCUAACAUAAAGCACAAUAAAGAUUUGCUCUUAGGUAUAUGUGUUGGAUUUUUCUUCGGUGUCUUUGGUAUACUAUUAAUGAAGUUUGAUGGGUUGUUUAACAGACGACAAAAAAUGGCGAUUUUCGCUGGCGUGAUUGUUAACGUCAUGUUUUGCCUUGUAAGAGGCUUUUAG